GAACCCCAAGCAAAGCAUAAUGUAGUAAGGAUAUUUUGUAAGUAUUGUAAACAUAUGGGGCCGAAAAUAUAAUAACCAAAAAAGAUUAAAGGGAAAGAAAAUGUAGUUUGUUUUCUUUUAUUUCCUUCUCUUGACUUCUCUAGAUCGGUUCGUGUGCCCUGUCUGUCUCAGCUUCCCUCAACCAUCAGAGAAGAAUGGGCCCUGGAGAUAGUGAAGCAGUGGAAUGCAAGUGUGGUAUGCCUCUUUGCAUCUGUGUUGUUGCUCCACCCAAAACCUCUAAUCCACAGGCUACACGGGCUCCUCCUAUGGCUCUUCCUCAGUCAGAUCCCAAACCAAAGUCUGACACGUCAGCUAAAAGUAAAGGUUCCACUUCCAGCACCAUUGCUAGACCAGACAAGCCCCAAAAAGAGUAUGAAGUCAGUGGGGAGGGAUUAAGAGAAGCAAUUAAGAAUGGUGACACUGCUGGUGUGAAAAAGCUUCUGAAUGAGGGCGUGGAUGCAAAUUACCAUGACAAGCAGGGAAUGUCAGUGCUUCACCUGGUAAUCUUCCUGCUCCUCUCUCUCUCUUUGCCACUUCUUUGCGUGGGUAAUUACAUAAUGCUUUGCUUUCCACAGGCGGUUCUGUUCAACCAAACUGAAAUUGCGUUGAUGUUAAUGGAACAUGGAGCAAGCCUUGACUACAAAAAUGCACAAGGAGAAACACCACUAGAUUGUGCUCCUGCAACACUGCAAUAUAAGAUGCGGGAAAAGAUGAAGUCGGCUUAAUAUGAAUUCAGGCAGAGUUACAUAUCUUUCCUCAAAAGUCUGUAAAGGGCAAAUCAAGGGUCAUGAAUUUGCUUGUAAGACAUCAAUAUUGACAUUCUGUAUGCAAUUUCUCGUCUUCUGUGAACUUCGAAACGUCGGCUUCAUCCACUCUUGUAAGUCUCUAUGUGUUUAUCCACUGGUUCAUUGUUGUCAACAAUUACAAUAUCGCAAUAUAUACAGACAAACUCAUCAUCAA